GUAGCACAUUAUCGAAGCAAUGGGUCAUGUACGGUCAGGCACGCUGUUUUUAGUGCUAUUUAUAUCUGGUUUGUUUUUGAAUGCGAAAUCUUCGUAUUGGGAUGAUCGUGAAAAAUUCAUCAGAAAGGAGAAAAGCAGGGAGUUGGGCGCCGAUCUAGUGCUCAAUGAAAAGGAGGAGAAAGUAAACGAGAUUCUGAUGAAUUAUAAACUGAGGGAGUUGGACGAGGGGAUGCUCAAUCCCGCAGGAUAUCUGCCCGCCCAACAUUUUUUUCAUUCCAAGAAAGCAAUGGAUAAAUCAAAAGUGUUCAACCUAAUUCAAAAACUACCAAAAGGGGCAUCUCUACAUUCCCAUGACACUGGCAUCGCAUCCGAAGAAUUCCUUCUAUCCCUAACACACAAAGAAAACCUCUACGGUUGCGAGAGGGGUCAAAACUUCCUCCUCAAAUUUUUCAAGGACAACAGCAGCCUCGACAACUCAUGCCAAUGGAAAUCUCUGAAGAAAAUGCGCGCUCAAAGAAAGGAUUUUGAGGAAUUUUUGAGGGGGAAGUUGUCUCUGGUUGUGGCAGAUCCCAUGGUGAAAUAUCCCGAUUUGAAUUCUGUGUGGAGGGCUUUCAUAAAUCUGUUUAGGAACGUGGGGAACAUGAUUGGGUACAAGCCAGUUUUUCAGGAGUAUUUUUAUCAGGUUUUGAAGGAGUUGCAUGAGGAUAAUGUGAUGUAUAUGGAAAUGAGGGGGUUGCUACCUGAGGUUUACGAUUUGGAUGGCAAAAUAUACUCACCUGAAGAGGUUGUGGGGUUAUAUGUGGAAACAUUAGAGCACUUUAAACACGAUUACCCCAGUUUUUAUGGGGCUAAGUUGAUAUAUGCUCCCUCAAGACAUGUGGAUAACAGCACUGUAGAUAACUAUUUGAAAAUCCUCAAAAACAUACAAAAAUUGUACCCUGACUUUAUAGCUGGUUUCGACUUGGUCGGGCAGGAGGAUCUGGGCAAACCUCUAUCGGAAUUCAUCCCUCAACUGCUUGAAAUCAAAGACCAAACGAAGUUUUUCUUCCACGCUGGCGAAACAAACUGGGAGGGCGAAACAGACUUGAAUUUAAUCGAUGCGGUGCUCCUAAACACUACCAGAAUCGGUCAUGGCUACGCCAUCCUCAAACACCCCGAAGUAUACAGAGCGGCCAAAAAAAACCGCAUCGCGAUUGAAGUGAGUCCCAUCUCCAACCAAGUCUUGAAGCUGGUCGAUGACCUGCGCAACCACCCCGCAGCUAUUUUGGUAGCCGAUGGUUACCCGGUCGUUAUUUGUUGCGACGAUCCAUCGUUUUGGGGGGCUAAAGGUUUGAGUUACGAUUGGUAUUACGCCUUUAUGUCGUUCGGGAGCAGGGAUAGCGAUUUGAAGCUGCUGAAGCAACUUGCUAUUAACUCCAUUGCGUAUAGUUCUUUGGACUUGGUCGAUAAUAGUGACCUUUUGACAAAAUGGCAGUUAAGUUGGAAUACAUUUAUUGAUGACGUGUUAAAGGAGCAUGGUGUUAUGUACAGUAAACCUAGAAGUAUUGUGGAUGUGUGAUGAUCUCUAUUUUUUGUAAAAGUCUUGAAUAAAAAAAUACCUC